AGAGCUCAAGCAGUGCGUUUACUAGUGACUGCCUCAUGGAGAUGGGGAGGAGGAGUCUUCACGGCGUCGGUAUCGCAAUAAUGGUGCUGGUGGCGGUGGUCGGCCUCGCCCAAGGUCGCCACCUCGACCACACUGAGCGCUUACUCCUCGGCGGAGGCUUUGGCGGCGGAGCUGGCGGUGGUCUCGGUGGUGGCGGUGGUGCCGGAGGUGGGCUUGGUGGAGGCGCUGGCGGAGGACUCGGUGGUGGCGGUGGUGCCGGAGGUGGGCUUGGUGGAGGUGCUGGCGGAGGACUCGGUGGAGGAGCUGGAGGAGGUCUUGGCGGCGGCCUUGGCGGAGGUGCCGGCGGUGGACUUGGUGGGGGAGCAGGCGGAGGUCUUGGUGGAGGUGCUGGAGGUGGACUCGGUGGUGGAGCUGGAGGAGGUCUUGGCGGCGGAUCUGGCGGUGGUCUUGGUGGCGGCGGAGGCGCCGGAGGUGGGUUUGGCGGAGGCGCCGGAGGUGGUGCUGGUGGUGGACUUGGUGGUGGAGCCGGUGGAGGUUUCGGCGGAGGCAAAGGUGGUGGAGCUGGAGGAGGCGCCGGAGGCGGGUUUGGAGGAGGCGCCGGCGGUGGUGCUGGAGGUGGACUUGGUGGCGGAGCUGGUGGAGGUUUUGGCGGAGGUAAAGGUGGUGGGCUAGGCGGCGGAGCUGGAGGAGGCGCCGGAGGUGGUUUUGGAGGAGGCGCCGGCGGUGGUGCUGGAGGUGGACUUGGUGGUGGAGCAGGUGGAGGUUUUGGAGGAGGCAAAGGUGGUGGGCUAGGCGGCGGAGCUGGAGGAGGCGGCGGAGGUGGUUUUGGAGGAGGUGCUGGCGGCGGUGCCGGAGGUGGACUUGGUGGUGGUGGUGGCCUCGGUGGAGGAGGUGGUGGAGGAUUCGGAGGCGGUGGAGGUGUGGGUGGUGGAUUCGGCGGUGGCGCUGGAGGCGGCGGUGGAUUUGGCGGCGGAGGAUUCUAGUUAAUCACAUAUUAAACAGUUAAUUUGGUGACUAGGAAAGCUUAAUUGAGUGAUCUGUGUGCUGGUUUGAAUCGCGUGCAUUAAUUAUGUGUUAAUUAAUCCCCAAUAAAGUAAGCUCUAUUGUAUUAAUGAAAAUGUAAUAUCUAUAAUGAUAAUUCCAUUGUUUGGGCCAAAGAUGAUCAUAUUAUGAUCAUCCAA